ACUGCCAGAACGUGUGUGUGGGAGCGUGUGUUUUUUCGUUUGCCAACACUAGAAAAAAACUAAACGGGCAGCAGAAAAUUACAAUCGCAGGACACAAUUUUAUAGACCGCAAUGGAAACGGAGACGAAAGCCAGUGGCGAUGAGAAACAGCAGGAAAAGUCCCUGGCCGAGCCCAUGGACACGUUGGAACCCCCGCCACCUACCGCCAGCUCAAAGACCCUUAAACGUUGCCUCAGUGUGCCCAUUAUAAGGACACCGCCCGGUUCCAAAUCCGGCAAAACUCCGAUGACCACACGGGCAGCCGCAGCUGCUGCAGCAGCGGCCAAGGAGCACGAGCAGACCCCGAAGAAGAACCAACAACAGCAGCCACAAUCUACAGAAUAUUCACAGUUCUUUGGGAAGAAUAUACACAUACGAUCGCAACCCAACUCUAGGGAGGUCUCUCCAGCUCCGGUUUUCAAUAUUUUCACCCCGCGAGCUCGUCGGUAUUCGGCCAGCUACAGUCCCCUGACCACAGGCGCUAAUGGUGCCACAUUGUGUCUGACCCCGAGGGUCUCCCAGCUCCGGCAGGAGGAGUGCGCCGACUUGAACAGUCGCGAGGUGAACCAUGAGAGGGAGGUGCACCGGGAAAUUCAAAUAUCCCAGAGCUGGGAGGACCUCACCCUGGUGACCGAGAACUGGUCUUGCAAAUCGGAUGAGUUUUCUAAUCCCCUACAAGUUACCCUGCCUCCCACUGGCAGCACCAGCUGCUCCAGUCCAAGUCCCACCAGCAAUCGGGCGGGCAUGAGACUGCCCUAUUCGCCGUCGCCAACGCGGCGCACCUUCGCCACACGGAGAUCCAUGUCGCCAAUCCCUAUGAGACCCUCGCAGUUGGGUCCAGUGAAAAGAAAGUUCGAGCUGGACGAUAAUCCCGCCCAGGGCAGCAAUUGGAGUGUGUACUCGCCGCCGCCGCUGAAAAAGAUUUUUACAGAAAGCCGGGGCUCCUCACCCGUUUGCCAAUCGCCCUCGUCGGUGUGUCCCAGUCCGGAUUCCGGAACCUAUGAUGGUCGCAUUACCCCCAAACUUUUCAUCUCCAAACUUUGCACAAACAACGCUGUGAGUGGAUCUGGUAGUGGAGGCAACAAUAACAACAGCAGCAGCUCGGGAUGCCCCUCGCCAGUGUCCGCUUCUCCUGGAGGAGUGGGCAGUGGCCCCAAUCUGGAAGCAGCCAUGUGCCUCGUUUCGGGUGGAAGUCAGAGCCAGAGCAUCGACGAAGGCAUCUCUAUACCCGAAUCGGAGAUCAACUCAUCCUCCUGCCGUAGCCGCACCUCCUCCAUCGUAUCCACCGCAUCCUCCAACGCUCAGGUGCUGGCCAAUGACUUGACCGACGAUGCUACGCUGAUGGACGAUGCCAAGAGCGAGACGUCAUCGAUCGGUGGCUGCUCCACCAUCAGCAUAGAGUCCUCAUCCUGCGACAGUGGUGCCAAAACGGCCGCCACCUUUCUCAAUCGAUUGGUGGUGGACUCGGACGGCGGUGGGUCGCCCCUGGCUCAGAAAAGCUUCUACAUCAACAAACAGGGAAUUUCGGGGGCCAAGAAGUUCAUUGUCAAUCACGAGAGAACGGGGUCAGCCAGCAAGGAUGUCCCACAAAAGCUUUAAGGUCCUUCAAUUAGCUUAGGGUUCGAUUUUUUGAAUGUUAGAACUAGAGGUUUAUCUUGGUCGUGAAGAUUGAAUCGUUGGAUUGUUUUAAAAAAAUCUUUAUUUUUAAACUUUACACACAUUUUAUUGAUUAUUCAAAAGUGUUAAUAUUUUCAUGUACAUAUAUAUG